AAUAAAUAAUCUUAGCACAUGAGCAAGCUUCAACCUCAGCAAUGGCGUUUCCUCUCUUCAACCUCUCUUGUCCCCCUUGUUUACAGCCAAAGCCUUCUCCUUUCCUCCCAUUAACCUCUCAACCUAAACCCUACCUUCCCAUCCUUCUGUCCAUUGCUCGAAAGCACCGACCUUUCUUCUCCAUUGUUGCUUUAUCGUCCAGCUCAGCUGCAGCACCAGGAGUGGCAUCAGAGGGGACUUUGGAGACCUCACUGCAACCUCGGAAGAGAUUGAUUGCCCAGAAUAUUCCUUGGACCUCCACUGUUGAGGACAUUGCCAAUCUCUUCCAAAAGUAUGGCACUGUUGUUAAUGUUGAGUUAUCGAUGUACAAUAGAGAGAGGAACAGGGGAUUGGCAUUCAUCACAAUGGCUUCUGAAGAAGAGGCUAUCACAGCACUAAAUAGUCUAAAUACAUAUAAUUUAGACGGUCGGGUGAUAAAAGUCGAAUUUUCAAGAUCAUUAAAGAAAAUUCCGACAGAAAACACACCAGUAGAGAAGCACACAGUGUUUGUCGGGAACUUAGCUUGGAGAGUGAGGUCUAAAGAUUUGCGGGAGCUUUUCGAGCCGAGUUACAAUGUUAUCUCUGCUGAAGUUAUCUUUCACAGCAAACCGAGGAGACCGGCAGGCUAUGGAUUUGUAGCCUUUGCUUCGAAAGAAGAAGCCGAGGCUGCAGUAGCUUCUUUCAAUGCAAAGAAAUUGAUGGGAAGGCAAAUCAAUUUGGUUCUUCGUGAUUCUCCGGAGGAAAAUCAAAUUGAGCAACAAAAAUUAGUUGAAGAGAAUAAUGUCAGCUUAGAAUUGUCGAAUUAAAAGAAAUAUACAUCAUCAUCAUCAUCUUGUUGUGUUGUGUGUAUAAAUUCACAAAAUUUUCUUCUACCAUUUUUGUUGUAUUUUUUUUCUUUUAUAAAAUUCAGUGGAUGAAGUAAUUUGUGUCAGGUUUGAAUAUUUUUUUUUGAAAAGAGUGGAAAACGCUCGUCUCUAUGGAAUGCGAGUUGGUUGAGAAA